CGCGUUCAGGCGGGACAGCAGGGCGCGCAGGACAUCAGCACACCGGCCGGGUCAAGGAGCUGCAAGGAUGGAGAUCCGACCGGACAGGUUCAAGGCGGUGGCGGGGAAAACCUUGGGGAAAAUUCACAGGCUCAUUGAGAAACGACAGGCCAAUGGAGAAACCAUCGAGUUAUCAGCUGAAGGCCGCCCGGAGCUGGUGGAGGAGAAGGAGCUGCCCGUGGUGGACUGCACCUGCUUCGGCCUCCCCAGGCGGUACAUCAUCGCCAUCCUGUGCGGUCUGGGCUUCUGCAUCUCCUUUGGUAUUCGAUGCAAUCUGGGUGUUGCCAUUGUUAGCAUGGUCAAUGACCAUACUGUCUACAAAGGCAACAAGGAGGUGCUUGUGGCUGCACAGUUCACCUGGGACCCAGAGACGGUGGGGAUGAUCCACGGCUCUUUUUUCUGGGGCUACAUAGUCACACAGAUCCCGGGUGGCUUUAUAUGUCAAAAAUUUGCAGCCAGCAGAGUGUUUGGCUUUGCCAUCGUGGCCACGUCCGUCCUCAACAUGCUGAUCCCAUCUGCAGCUCGCUGCCACUACAGCUGCGUCAUUCUUGUGAGGAUAUGUCAAGGCCUUGUUGAGGGUGUAUCGUACCCAGCCUGCCACGGGAUCUGGGCCAAGUGGGCGCCUCCUCUUGAGAGAAGUCGAUUAGCCACAACAGCCUUUUGUGGAUCCUAUGCUGGAGCAGUGGUGGCCAUGCCUUUAGCUGGGAUACUGGUGCAAUACAUCGGGUGGCCUUCUGUAUUUUAUGUCUAUGGCAGUUUUGGGAUAUUCUGGUAUUUAUUCUGGAUUCUUGUGUCAUAUGAGAGCCCAGCAGUCCAUCCCACUAUCACUGCAGAGGAGAGAAAAUACAUUGAAGAUGCAAUCGGAGAAUCUGCAGCUUUUCUCAAUCCCCUUCAUAAAUUUAGAACGCCAUGGAGACAUUUCUUCACCUCCAUGCCAGUCUAUGCCAUCAUUGUGGCCAACUUCUGCAGGAGCUGGACUUUCUACCUGCUGCUCAUCAGCCAGCCAGCGUAUUUUGAAGAAGUUUUUGGCUUUGAGAUCAGCAAGGUGGGCAUCGUGUCAGCUUUGCCCCAUCUGGUGAUGACAAUCAUCGUGCCUAUCGGAGGCCAACUGGCCGACUACCUGAGAACUCACAACCUGAUGUCCACCACCAACGUCAGAAAGCUCAUGAACUGUGGAGGUUUCGGGAUGGAAGCCACCCUCCUUCUGGUGGUCGGAUUUUCUCACACUAAAGUUAUGGCCAUCUCUUUCCUGGUCCUCGCUGUGGGGUUCAGCGGCUUUGCAAUCUCAGGGUUUAAUGUUAAUCACUUGGAUAUUGCCCCUCGAUAUGCCAGCAUACUGAUGGGAAUUUCCAACGGAGUGGGAACGUUAUCAGGAAUGGUGUGUCCUCUCAUAGUUGGGGCCAUGACCAAACACAAGACACGUGAGGAAUGGCAGUACGUCUUCCUCAUAGCGUCCGUCGUCCACUACGGAGGAGUGAUUUUCUAUGGGAUCUUUGCAUCCGGAGAGAAGCAGUGGUGGGCUGACAUAGAGGACACGAGCGAGGAGAAAUGCGGUAUAAUCAAUGAGGACGAACUGGCCAAUGAGACGGAGGAGCUCUACCGUGGAGGCGGCCAGUACGGGGCCAUGGGUCAGCCGGUGGUUGGUUCAAAUGGAGGAGGAGGCGGCGGUGGAGGCGGUGGAGAGGGAUGGGUUACAGACUGGGAUAAGUCUGAGGAGUAUGUGCAACCACCGGGAUACAACUCGUACGUGCAUAGUGGAGGGAAGGAGAAGGAGCUGACAUAGAAGACUGAAGUGAUUCAACAAAAAAUAAAUACAUGAAAAGAUUGUUUAUGUAGAAGGAUUGUAAGGGAGCUGUUGAGGUACACUGAGGACAUUUAAGGACAUUUUCAGCUGCACAUGUCAAGAGUCUGGAUCCGUUAUGUUGCAGACGGGGGUGUGUGCGUGUGUGUGUGUGUGUGUGUGUGUGUGUAUGUGUAUGUGUGCGUGUGUUUGUGGAUGUGCAGCAGCCAAUGCAGUGAACCUGCAGAAACAUACAGUUUUCAUUUGCAAAAUCUGGACUCUUCUCCCAGACUUUCUUCCUGAUUCUGACUUCAAGGCCAGCAGUUUUGUUUCCAAGCCGUUGCUGAGGAGUUUGUGUGUGAAAAAGAAAAAGUGAUGGUCUUUUGUUGUUUUUACAUUUUUACUUGUAAGCAUUUUUGAUUUUUUUUUUUCAAUUUAUGGCAUAAAACAGUGUUUAAAUUACAAAAAAUACAUUGUGAAAUGGUGCAGCUUCAUAGUUUCAGAAGAAAUAACAAACAAGGAAGGUCUUGGUGUUGGGUUGCAUCAGUCUGUGCACAUAAAUAUGAUCUGAUUUUUGAGGGAAAAGGUGUGUGUGUGUGUGUGUGUGUGUGUGUGUGUGUGUGUGUGUGUGUGUGUGUGUGGUGGGGGGUGUGUGUGUGUGUGUGUCGAGGGGUCAGGUGUCGCGUGUGCAUGUGCGGCAGCAAGUGUGAGGUUGUGUCAGAUGCCGGUGCUGAAACAUUGUGCGGUGAGCAUGUUUUAAUUUGCACAACUUUCCAGCCCUCUCUCUUUUUUUUUUUUUCCACUGGUAACUCACAACAACAUACAGAGUGUUUAUUUCAUCCAUGCACAGCAAAGUGCAAACACGCAGAAAGAAUAGUGACACAGAUUUUAAUCAUAAAAGAGAAAUUCACUACUGCCAACAAGCAAGCAUUUUCUGGCAAACAAUGUCAGUGAAUGUGUAAAAUACAGCCAGUCAUGUUUCUUUUUGCACACCCUGUUAUCUCUGUUUCUGACUGCUCAGGAUUGUCUUUCAGACAAACUACUGAACUGCCUAACCUGCUGAGUGCACUGCAUUGAAUUCAUAAAAUAAUCCUUGCAUCCUCAAAUACUCAAAUACACACAUAACUCCUGCUUUAAUGUUAAGCAACAAAUUUUAAAUGAAAAAAAAAAUUAUAAUUUGUUAUCAACUAAGAAUGUUAAAACUGAUGUGUGGGCACAACAAUGUUGGUAGCCUCUGUUGACAAAUCACUGUUUAAAAGGGGUAAGCCAGAUGUUGUUCUGAGUGUAACGUAUUUAAGACAUGAAUGAUUAUUUCUUAUGUGACAAUUUGUUUCCGUGUGUUGUAUCAGUGUAUCUUUAAUGGAUUUUCUUCUUUGUCAAACGUUUUGGCUGUUCAAAUGUUCUCCUCUCCUCUCUCGAUGAAAUGUGUGGUUGCUGGGUGAGAAUCGGUGUACGAAGAAGAAAAAAGAAGCAUCGUGAUUUAAUCUUGCAGAAAUGUGGACAUAUUUUAUGUAUGAAAAAAUGUACAUGUGAGGUGAACCUUGUGUAAAAUAAAGAUUGGAGCGACUUCAGACGGUUUCAACGAAA